AUGUCCAACCACUCCGGCUGCUACUCCGCGUCCGACGGCGCCCACGAGCUGACGAUGGUCGCUCGCCAAAUGGUCAGCGACGGUUACACCCAGCGCACGGUGACUGCAUUCGACAUGGCAUCUCCCGCCCCAGCAUCUGGAUACGGCAGCGGCCCGGACCGUGCGCUGGACGGGCUUCUGAAGAGUUGGUUCUUCCAGCUUGACGUGGACUGGAUUCUCGAAAUCUACAAUCACAGGUCAGUCUUAUGCCCCCACAAGGGCCGCAACUUCGUAAAGAGCUGGAUUCGAGCUGUCAUGGUAAUUGUAGCGAGUAUCAAAGAGCUGCUCGACAUAGCCCACGAGACAAGCGCGGUCGCACGGUUUGGCAAUGCGAGCAUUUCAGCAAUGCUCGUCUUUGUUGAUGACAUCGUCCAAGUUUACAAGCCCGGGAAUCCACUGGCCGUGCUAGACAUGUACAUCUGCGUCUCCAGUGCGUCACGUGACGUGCUUAUGGUGCAUGUGAUCUCUUCCGAAGCUCAAAGCAUAUUAGGUGAGAUAGCCAACUCAUUUGACAGGGAAGGAAACAGGUUAAUCGAGUCCAUAUUCGGCACGGUAAUGCAGAUGCAUCAAACACUCAUGAAGGACGAUGAAGAAUGGGCUGUCCACAUUCUGCGGGGAGGAGGCGAGGUUCAAAUGAACAUUCGAUUUCUGGUGAGUUACAUAUUAUUGUUGAGGAAAGCCAAGGCUUCGACAGAGAACUGCGCACCGAGCCACAACACCGAAAAGCUCUGUGACCUGAUACAAGACACGACCGAUUAUCUGAAGGAUCUGCUUCUGAAUAAAUCGGAAUUGUGCUCAGAUCCAAGCCUCAGGUACAUGUUCCUGCUCAACAAUUCCUAUUUCAUAGCACAGAUGUUGGAGCCAUCGGCACCGUUAAACCUUGAGCUGCACUUUGGGCGCCACCGUGAGCUUAAACUUACACCUGAAUGUGAGAAACAUAUGGAUAGCUAUUUGGAUGCUUCCUGGGGUCAUGUGCUGUGCUACAUACCGAGAUCGAAAUUUCCCGGACUUCUCCAACGCUGGAUGAGGAACAACACCUCUGCACGCGCCCCACUGGGUCAAUUCAAGUCAGCGUUUUAUAAAACGUACCGGGCUCAAAAGUUCUGGAAGGUUCCAGAUCCUCAACUCAGAGAUGCGCUGCGGAAAACUAUUGCUGAGAGAGUUGUUUCAGGCUACCGCGUCUACUUGAAGGAGCAUCCGGAGCUAGAGGAAUACGCCUGUCACGGAGACAGUAGUCCCGACGAAUUGGAAGAGAUGUUAGCACAGCUAUUUGAAGGAUGA